UCCAGAGUCUCUCUGUCAGAGGGAUUGAACUGGAGGAGAAGCUCAGAAACACACAUCAGCUUUUCUCCGAGGUGGAGGAGCAGACCGAGAGGAAUGUCCACCACCUGGACAGGCUGCAAGCGGAGAAAGAGCAACUGGAGGAGUGGCUUUGUGCAGCUGAGGAAGAUGCACCGAAGAUGAAGAAUCUGAGUUUUCUGCAAGAAGAAGCACUUCAACAAAGAGGGAGGACAGAACGUAUUGCUGAACUCGUGUCGUCUUUAAGAAGCUCUAACCUGCAGCAGUGUGUGCUGCUGCAGCAGAGCUGCGAUCUGCUGCAGCGAUGUCACAACUUCUGCACAAAGCUGGGAGGCGUUUCAGAGGAGGCGACGCCCACGCCGAGUAACGAUUCAGAACCGUUCCAGGGUUUGGUUGAAUCCAUUCAGUCAUGGUUUGAUGGUCUGAGACAGAGGGACGGUGGAGAAAUUGAAUCUUCAGCAGAGCAAAGACUUUGUCAUGCUCAGGCUGUGUUAAAAGCUACCACUGGAGCAGAAACGCUUCUGGAGCAGCUCAGAGUUACUGGAGAGAGUCUGAGCCAGAGAUUGUCUCCAGAACUGAAACGAGACGUUCAGCUGAAGAUCCAGAAAACACAACAACACUGGAAGAACCUUUUGGAAUCGGUUCAGCCGUAUUUCAGGGCACUGGAAGAUGAUUUGGAGCUCUCCUCCGCCUACCUGACCAGCAGGCAGGAGGCUUCCUGCAGAGUGGAAGAGCUGAAGCACCAAGCGGAGCAGCUUCCAUCUUUAUUCCCCUGGCCGGGCUCAGCCGAGCGAGCGCAGGCAUGCCUUCUCGCCCGGCAGCUUCAGGCUGAAUCUGAAUCACUGAAAUUAACCUUAAUCAGUCUGGAUGAGAAGAGGAGGGAGCUGGCUGAGAAAACCAGGAACCCCAUCUGGAAAGAUUCCUCCUGGGAUGAGUUAGAAACCCGUUGGUCAGCACUUAUGGCAGAAGUGAAGGGUUUGUGCGCCCACCUGCAGAAAGGUUUGAGUAAUGAGGAACAGUUCGGCCAGCUGCUGCAGGCCUGCCACCAUCACCUGACAACCCUUCAACAGAGGAUGACGGCUUGCCAGACCCGAACAGAAAGCUCCGGUGGGCUGACCUCUGAUGCAGCAGCUCUGGAGGCUUUGCCAAAACAAGUAGCAGAAAUUGAAAAGGAGCUUUUAGUGCUUGUAACGCUCAGGGAUUCCCUCACAGCCAGCUGCACAGCAGAAGCCCAAGCCAGCCUUUCAGAGCAAGUCAGUAACCUCCACAACCACAAGAGGGCGAUAGAGCGUGCAAUCCCUCUGCAGGAGGAAGUCUCCCUUUUACAGGCAGAUCUAAGAGAUCUUGCCAAAAAUGUGAAGGAGCUGUCUGUGUUGCCAGAUGUCUUGCAGCUGACACAGCAGUGGCGUUCGGUUCAGGGGUGGGAUAAAAAACUGACACAGCUGGAUAUCAGAGCUAAUGGCCUGCAGAGGACAAGGGAAACACAGGAAGUGCCUCCUGCAGAAACCAUUUUUACUGUCAGUGCUGUUAGGAAAGAACUCCUCAGCCUGAGGUCAGUUUUUGACCAGAAAAAGGAAAAAUGUGUGGAAGUAAUGGGCGAGGCAGUGAGAGGCGCCAUCAGAGAUCUGCAGCUGUGGAUCCAAGCAGCAAAAGUUCAGAGGUCGUCAUCAUCCAGUCAGGCGGUUCUGGAUGAAGGUUUAAAGCUUCAAAACAAACUUUACGACGUUCUUUCCCAGCAGAACAUUCUGGUAAAUUGUCUGGGUGAAGAAAUGAUGAAAACUCUGCUGAAAAAUGCUUCAGAGGUUUUGAUGGAAAGUCGAGGCCUGGUUAAUCAAAUGCAAGCAGAAUUGCCAAACGGAGGUGAUGAAGGCUGUUUAAGGAGAGAAAAAACAGCCGGAGAUGUUUGUGAUUCCAACUCAGACAGACACCAAGACGGCCGGGAAACGUUGCACAUCCCAACCAAACUGCUCACUUUUCAAUCAGGAGUACUGAAGAAUGAAACUGACGCCACUAAACCGAAUCAAGAAAACAUCCCUGUUACUUGUACAACAGCUGCUUUAGACAAUAUUCCAGCCCCGUGUUCAGAAAGUCCAGAUGUUUUCGGAUCAAAGGUUCCUCCAUCUGCUUCAGGAGAAAUUACCCAUCAGAUUUCUGUUGAGUCAACGGACAUGAUAGUUUCUGGAAACAUUACAGGAACAAUCAUAUCCGCCUCACUAAACACUGAAGAAGCCUUAGUUUUAGAACCAUCUUAUUCAGACAAAACCAACAAAAUCAAAUUACCGAUCAUCUCGUCCCCUAAGGAAUCGAGUGAAGCAACCAUUCCUGAGAUCAACGAUGUGUCCCUUCCUGUGCCGAUCCAUUCAGAGAGUCUUGAUGCCUUGAAAGAACAUUCUGAUGUCUCAACAAAAGUAUGUGCAGUUGAACUGGAAAUGGAGAAUGAAAAAACAGAAAAAGAUCUGAAGGAAAUCACAGAAAAAGCAACUAGAUUUUCCACAGAAUCAGCCCAGUCAGAGUCGGAUCAAACGCCCUUAAAAACCUGCAGAAAAGCUGCAAAAUCAGAGAAUUUCGAUGCAGGUGCAAGAGAACAAGAUGAGCAUAAUGGGCAAGUCAGUGAAAGUCAAGAUAAAGUGUUCACUGUAGUUUUGGAGCUGCAGUCGUUUGGCAUACAGCAAAGUGGAUAUGUAGGAGAUCAACACUGGAAAACAAGUUCAAGUGCAGGAUUUCUUGAGAAGAAACCAAGACUGAACCCUGAGUUAGACGGAAAGCCUGCAGAGCAAAAAGGUUCAAGCAGGCAGUCACAAAACAAAGAGACUCAACCAACCCAAGCAGUAAAGCAUGAUGAAGCUCUGACUCUGUCUAAAUCUGACUCCAAAUGUGAGUUUGGCGUUGAAACAGGUGAAAAAUCCCCAGUCAGCUCAUCUGGGGCGGCUGCCUGUCAGUCUUUGGGGAAAACUGUGCCUCCUGCCCCGAGCUCUGCAGAGGAUUCGGUGCCGAAUCGAGAUGAAACCGAAACCGAAAAACAAAUUGAUGCAGCUGACAAACAACUGACAGCUACCGACAGAGCAAUGAGGACAGGUGGAGCAGGUGAGGGGGCGGCACGAGGAGGAGCUAACGACUCUGAAUGUGCAGACGGGAAACUCUGUGCAAAACCCACGGGACGAAACGGCACUUCACUGCUAGGUGAAGGAAAGAAAUGGGAACAAAAUGGAGCACUGAAAGAAAUGCUGUUGCCACUGGGAAAGCUUCAAAGCCAAACAGUCAUGGAGUCGGAGCGGAUCCCGCCGGGCUCAGCAUGCGGCCCCGGCGCUGAAGUGUUGACAGAUAGAUCACCGGGAAGCUACAACCGCAGCUCCGCCUUGCAGGACAGUUUAUCAGCGAUUCAGGCGUCGGUGGAGCAAAGUAACAUUUUACAGAAAAUGCCUCAUAUGGACCUGAGUUGGUACCUGACGUCCUCACCUGGUGAUGCUGACAUUCGAUUAGCACGGACAGUUCAGCGUGUUCUUGCUUGCCGAUAUCAACCUGCACGCCUCGAUGCUGCAGCUACGGCUAGACAGCAGGAGGAAGCGCAGGAGUACAGGCGAUGCGUGCAGGAGCAAGUGGCUUCCAUGAAAAGCAACCUGACAACGGUUUCAGACCCAAAGGCUUCAGAAAGAGCAGAGGGAGAAUGGAGCUCAGCGCUGCUGGAUGCCUCUGCCACCGUUCAGGUCAAAGCAGCUCAGCUGGAUCUGGUCAAGCAGUACCACCUGCAGAAGAACACCACCAGAGCUUUCCUUGAGGUCGUAGCAGCGGAGAAGGAAAAGAUGAGCUUAAGUGUUUUGGGAAGCAGUUCCCUUCAAGAGGAAAAGCUGAAUGCAUUGCUGCAGACCAUGGAGCAGAAGAAGUCAAUGCUGGAAGAUUUGCUCUGCCUAAGCAGCCAGCUGUCAGCCCACCUGAGUGAUGCGGAGAGUUCAGGUGUUCUCGUUGCUCAGCUCGGUGAUGUCCAGGAGGAUUGGAGGCUUCUUAAAGGAAGCAUCAAAAGAGCACAUCAACAGGCGUCAAAUUCUGCAUCUCAGUCAAAACUUGUUUUAAAAGAGGCUGCUGAGCUCAAAGCCAAACUUGAAGUUCUUUUAAAAUCUGAAACUGACAACAUAAGUUCUUUAGACUUAGCUUGUCUGACCACAGAGCUAAAAGUGUCCAACCAGCUUCUCCUGCAUUUACAGUCCCAGGCCGGUGCCCUCAUCUGCUUUUCUCUGGGUCAGAAAGAAAAGGCUGCGAUUGAAGAAAAGAUUCAGGACCUGAAAUCUUUGCUCCGUGUCACUAAAGAGAAGCUCAACUCUUUGCCAGAAAUCUGUGAAAGUGGAUCUACAAGUAAAAUCAACAAGCAACUACAGGACUUGAUCAAUUUGACAAACAAAGCAGAAAAUCAUGUCUCUACUGGGAAAAAGUUGUCUGUUUUUCCUGAGCAGGCUCGUCUUCAGAUUGAUGAAAUGAGGAAAUUUCACAUGGAAACUUUAUCUAGACGAAACAAGAUACAAAUGCAGGUCGGAGAGCUAGAGAGUAAAGCUACUGAAAUAGAAAAUCAGGAGUUAAUUAGGACUGUAGCACUGUAUGAAACUGUUGCUGACAGGUUGGGUCGUGUUCUUGAAGCCAUGAAAAAGGGUCUUGAUGAAAGAGAGAAGAUUAUGUGUGAGUUUGGUAGGUUGGAUGUCUGGGUAGCAGAAACGUACGUGAAAAGAGAGACCCGCAUCAACGUUGAGAAUGUUUCAAAAGCUGACCUCAGUAAAUUGGAAAUGGAGCUAAAAAGUCAUCAAUUAGCAGCAGUGGAGCUGGAGACUCAACUCAAAUUAGUGGACGCACUUUCAGAAAGUUGCACAAAAUUAGCCGUUGAGCUGAGUCCCACUGAGAGCCGCUACCUCGGCAACAAGCUGACGGGCCUUUCGGCAGAAUUAGACGGACUGCUAGCUCAUGAGAAAGCCACCUGCUGGGAAUUAGAGGAGCUAAUUCAUGAGAGAACAUCUUCCAGUGAGGAGUUAGCUACCAUUCAGGCUAACUUGGAGCAAACAUCUGCUGAUCUGAAGAAGCAGAAGUUCCCUUUGACCAAACAGACACUGUUAGUUAUUACACAGUUGGAGCACAAGCUAAUGGAGCAUCAGUGGGAAGUUCAAGAGCUACAGCAUUGCCAAGAGGACCAGAUAAACUCGGUGCUCUGCUCUAUUGGUGAACUACAAGACCAGUGCAAAGCUCUCAGAAUAAACGCCGUGGAGCAAGAGAGAUAUUUUCACCUCAGAGGACAAAUGGAGGAAUCCAUGGAGAUCGCCAAAACUCAACUCCAGGAGGCUAAAAACCAAUCGGUGAGCGUGGCUGAGAGGUUCACAUUGAGUCAAACGCUGCUGGUCGAACUCGCGAUGGUCAACACCCAAUGCCAAGAGACAGCGGAUCAGCUGGAGGCGAUCGCGACUGAGUUAGAGCCGUCUGAGCUCAACGCAGAGAAGAAGAAGCUUCAUGACAUGGUGGAAAUGCUGAUCUGCUGGGAGCAAUCUGCCACGGAUCAAAUCAAAAAUCUGGAGGCCGAGCUUUUACCAGGUCUCCAGUUCAGGUUUGAGCUUCCGGCAUUGAUGGAUCUGUUGCAGAGAGCUAACAGGCAGCUGGAGGAACCCAAACAAGUCAAACCCAAUGAGAAAGCAACAGAUGGUGCAGUGGUUCAGUGUUGGGUCAUCAGGAGAAAUGUAGAGUCUGGGAUGAGAGUGUUGGAAGGUCUGGCACAGAGAGACAACGUUAGCCUGGAAGACUACAAUGAGCUGUAUUCUCUCAGAGACGCAGUGAUGCAACAGUCCCACUCAUGGAUGGUCAGUCUGUCUCAGGCCAGGGAAUCCCUUAAAGAUUACCAGUGGGCUGCUCAGGGAGCAAUAAACUUCCUCCAUAAUGCCGAGGCGACCUUCCUGUCAGCUUCCGGAGGCUUUUUGGAUUGCACCCAGGAGCAAAGACAAACCCAACAGGCUUUGGAAGCUCUUGAAAACGGCUUUCAAGCUCAUAUAAGCCAUCUGAUGGAGCGAGUGCCGCAGGAACGCUGUCUCUCACGACCGGAGACCGAGCUCCUUCACAUCAACGUCCUCAGCCAGUUGUUAGUUGGAAAAGCUGUACUGGGAGCUCAGGCAAAACUCAGAAUGGAGCAUUUGCAGAGGUGUGAAAUAAGACAGAGAACCCAUAGAAAGUGGCAUGAAGACAUUAAACAGGAAGUGUUGCAGUUUGAAGCCAAGCUUUCAGGAUGUGCAUCAGAGAAAGUCACAUCAUAUGAUGAGUGUAUCGAUCAGCAGAAGAGAGUGAAGGCUCUGAGGGAAGAUCUUCGUAACCUCGCUGGGAAGAUGGUUGACCUGAAAGCCGGAUGUCCAACGCAGGGCUGUGAUGGCGAGCAUGGCGCCCUCUGGAGGCGCUGGACGGCAUUACGACGACGUUUGGGCCUCCUGUUGGUGCACACAGAACAGAAGGAAGAGGAAUGGAAGGACAUCACGACAAGUAUAGAGGAGAGUUGCAACUAUUUGUCCGGUCUUCAGGCUGAACUUCCAGGCUCUUCCACUAUGAGUUUGUCUCAGGAGGAACCUUGGGAGCUUCUGGCCAAAAUGGAGCAGCAGCAGCUGGCCUUUUCAUCCCUGAAGCAUCGACUGCAGCACGCUUUGGGCUUAUCCUCUUCCCAAGACGGCGUCCUCCCUGGAUCCACUGGAAAAUCCCUGGAGAAUAUCCAAGAGAGCAUCUGGAGCGUGAAAGAGAGAAACCUGCUUGUCGUGGCUGCAGCGGAGGAAGAGGAGAAAGAGAGACGGCAAACUGAAGAAGAAAUACGAGACGUUGAGAAAAUAGUGUUUGAGAUUUUACCAGAACUGGAAACGAGUUCAAAUCCAAGCAAAACGCAGGAGCUCCAGGAAAGCGUUAUCUCUCUAAAAACCCAACUCAAGCACAUCCUGGACACCUUGGGGAGCCGACAUGCAGAAAUCCCGCCAGAUAUCCGGAAAAAGAUCCAAAAUGUGGAACAAUCCGUCCAGAAAGCAGAAGAAAUGCUUUUGGAGACGGACAACCCAAUCAGGAAACUUUCACGCCGAGUCAGGGAACUGGGUUCUGGUCUGGAGAGAGUGAAAUCUUUACUGCAGCAGAAAAGUCCAACAAUCAGAGAAGCUCAACGUGUCCUGAAGUGUGUGUGGGAUGAACUGGAUGCCUGGCACAGCAGCUUGAUGCUCCUAGAGAGCGAAGUGCAGGACGUUGCGGAGGACCAACCGGAUGAGGCCCAGCUCCUCAUGGACCAGCUCACAGAACCGCUGCAGCUCUAUCAGAACGCGUCCCGCCUGGCUGAGAACCGAACCGCCUUCCUCAACAAGAUUCCCGCCUGCCUGCAGGAGUUUGAAGACAUUUCUCACCGAGCGUCCUGCUGGUUGGAUGAAGCCCAGUUAUGGCUUGGCACUCAGUGCACGUUUACAACAGCCAAAAGUCUCAGCAAUCAUGUCAAGUAUUUACAGUUGAUCCUGGAAGACUCUGACAGGAUCAGAUACACCCUGCAGGCGUUUAAGUCGGGCCUGGCGGAGAUCUCUGCCGUGUGUGACGUCAGCGCUCAGGAAGAGAGGCUGCACCAAAGAGACCAACAGGUUCAGGAAAUGCAGCAGAGCAUCCUCGAGCCACUCGACCAGCUCCAGCAGGCUGCUGCGAUAGUGGAAGUGGUUGAAGCUGACAUUAAGGCGAUGGAGAAAAACGUUUCAAAAUUCAGAAACGUUUUAUACUCGAUGGAUGAUGCAGACGUAGCGCAGGCAGAACGACUUUACGACUGUGAGGAGAUCCUGAGCCAGAUUCAGUCGAUGCAGAAAAGUUUGGAGGACGUGGAGAGCUGGAAGGAGGAGGUCCAUCUCCCCGAAGGAGCAGAAAACCUGCUGAUCUUCUCCAAAGCCAGAAUGCUGCUUGAGCAGCUGGAAGGGCUGGAACAAAUCACCAGAGAGAAAAGCUGUUUGCUGGAGAACAAAAAGGAAGAAGAAGAAUCGACCGAGAAUCUUAAUAUUAUCUCUGAUUCAUCUGAAGCGAUGCCGCUGCUGGAGAACCCUGCACACAGACGCUUUUUCCAGGAGGCUUUGGAGGUGUAUGUUACAGAGGAAGAGGAGGAUGAAGGAGAUGAGAGUUGUCACUCUUCCUCCUCUGACACACUAACAUGCAGUAUUCCAGAGGACCUGGAGGAGCCACUCAAUCUUCCGGAUGAACGAAGGGAGGACAUGGAGGAGCAGAGUGCAGCUUAUCAGGCUGAAAACGGUUCAGACGAACCUGGAAUCACUGAUUUACGUGUGAAAUUUGGACUUGAUGACAGUUUUGGACCCUCAUCUCCAAAACUGGACUUGAACGCUUGCCAAACCUUUCAUUUUGAAAAAGUAGAGGAUGACGAACACGUUACAGGAUCAUCAGAGCAGAAAAUGGCCGACGUCGAUCCACAAACAAACCCGUGUUUGAUGGAAGCUGCGGUGGGAGAAACCAGGCUGAUUCCUUCGAGACCCGUAACUCCUUUUUGCUCUAAAAAAGCCUCAGAUGAGCCGAGAGAGGAGGAAGAUAAACGUCUGUCUUCGUCCUCGGCUGACCUUUCACACCCGGAAGUGUUAAACAAACAGAAGGAGCAGAACGAAGUCAGUCCAAGUCCAGAAUCUCAGAAAACUGAAGCAUCAUUUGGCUCUCCUGAUGAUGAUGACGAUGAUGACGAUGAUGUGGAAAAUCAGCAUUGGGCUCAUAUUUGUUCCCAUGUUGGGAAAAAAGUGAGCGCUUUGAGGAAAGUUUUGGAGGAUCAGCAAAACAUGAUCUGCACUCAAGAUGGAGGAAAAAAGAAAACGGUUCCAGGAAAAGAGUCCAUGUCUGCAGCAUCUGUUUCAUCGGUUCUACAGCAAAUAAAAGACACAAACGCUAAGCUGAGACAAACGUUACAUGAGGUGAAGGCCUCAGGUUCUUCUCAUCCAGGAGUGAAGAAGAAGUUCAGCGAGGCGGUGCAGAGCGUCGUAACUUGUCUCAACUCAUCAGCCGACCUGCUGACCCCUGAUGAACCUGCAGCGGCGGAUCCUCAGCUGAGGCUGCUGCAGCUGGAGAGUUUAUGGGCUCAGUUGGAGCCUUUAGCUGAGCUGGUGGGUGAAGUGGAAGCACAGAUCAAACCUGCUCUCCGGAUGGGAGAAUCAGACGCUCACAGCUGUUUGGCGUCGCUUGACGAUUUUAUCCAGACGGUCCAGCUUCUCCUCACCUCCUCCCACAAUCGGCUGCUGGAGCGCUCAGGGCUGCAAAGCCAACAUCAGACUCUUCCCUCCUGCCAGCCUCGUCUCCUGGAUCCAUUUGACACGGGACUUUGUGAGACCUUCCCAAACCUGAAAGGUCCGCUCAGCUUUCAGUGUGAGCCGGGCGGAAAGGAGGAACUGCAACACGCCUCCCAAUGCUUGCUUCAGGGGAUUUCUCGCCUCUUGAAACGGAGUGAGGAGAGUUUAACAGAGAAACGGACGAGCCUUAUUCCCAGCCGCAGCAAACUUCAAGCUGAUCUCUGCAGACACAAGAAACUCCUCCAGGUCCUCGGAUCCCAGCUGUCUUUUCUUCAGUAUCUAUUCCAGCAUGAACCUAAUGCACUUAGCAGCAAGCAGGAUGAAUGGGCACAUCUGGAAGUCAGGGCCAAAGCUCUGCAGCAACAAGUUCUAGGAGAAAAAGUGGCUUCUCAGAAGAGGCUUCGGGACUGGACCCACUGGGAGCAACUUUGUGGCCAACUUGGCAGCGUGUUGGAUGAGUCUGAAGCUUUUUUUAGCGCUGGAGGACCUGAGGGAGACGAUGAGGUGGAGACGGUGGAGCGGAGGCUACAUGCCUGCAAGCGGACUCUGAUCCGGCUGGAGGAGAGCCGCUCCGUGCUGGGAUCGUUUUUGGACCACAGGCUGGUGCUGCAGGCAGAACCCUGGUUCGGAGCCUCGGUUGUACAGGAAGGGGGCGCUCUGGAGCUGCGAUGGAGAGGCGCCUACAGGCAGACGGAGCAAGAAAUCCUCCGCCUGAGAAACAUCCAGGAAAGCAGAGCCAGAUUCCUGGCUGCCGUUGCUUCGGUCGGUGAGCGUCUGCUGGGCGCCGGCGAACACCUGAAGACUUCCUCAGACCUGAGUCAGGAAUCCCUUCAAAGGCGACUGCUGGAGCUGCUGGACGUCUCCGUGGAGCUGGCAGCCGUUUCCAUGGAAACCGGCCGGCUUGUCCACCUGAGGGUCGCCCAGUGUCUCAAACUGAGAAGUCAGGUCUCACAGCUGGAGGCCAGCUGCAGCCAGCUGACCUCUGACCUUUCCAAGAUGCUGGAGCAACUGCUGCAGCGCCUGGUGAACGAACAGCCGCCACUAAAGCUGCUGUCUGAACUGGAGAACUGGCUGAAGGAAACAGAAACUCGGCUCAGCCGGGAGAAGAAAAGAGUCCUGACGGCCAAAAAUGCAGCUGAGAUGGUUGAAAUUCUGCAGCAAUGUCAGGCGUUAAGGACAGCUGUCGACAACUGUCAGCAGCUCCUUGAUUUUAUGUCCCAGCCUGGGUCCAAAAUGGCGGGAGCAGACGUCCCGGCUCGCCGCUUGGAACGCACGACCUUCGCAGAAAACCUGGGCGGCGCCAGACAGCGGUGGCUGCUCCUGCAGAGGGAUCUGGACUGCCAGAUUCAUGAACUUGAACACAUCCAUCAUACUUGUGCAGAACGAGAGAAACAUCUGCAGAAACGGCAGGACUGGACAGAGCAGCAGAAGAAGAGGAUGAGUCAGUGGAAUCGGCCCGGCAGUCAAACCCUGGCGGGCUGCGCUCUGCUGGAGUGGGAGGCUGAAGUUGCCAGAAUCCAGCAGGUUUCUGCAGAUCUGCAGGAUCUGGGAGAAGGAAGAAGAAGAGUGUCUUAUGGGAAGGAAGAGAAGCUCCUGUGGGAUGAGAUCUUCUCCGGCCAAGUGGACAGUGUGAGGCGGGCCUGUGUUGAUCUUCAUCAGCAGAUGGAAGAUCUCAGAGCGCAUCUCGAACAGUCAGUGGAGAAGUGGAGUUGUUUCCGUAGAGCUCUGGGGGAAGUUACUUUGUUGACCACUAGGGUGCGCUGUGCCCUGCAGCAGCAGCGAACGCCUCUCUUCUCUCUGCAGCAGGCUGAAGGAAACUCAGACCGCCUACAGCACCUCCAGGUGAAGGCGGAGGAAGACGGAGAACAACUUUGGACGGAUGUGGACAAAUCCUGCAGGAUGCUGAUGGAGACGCUGCAUGAUGCGUCAGCGCAGCUCAUUAGAGAUAAAGUAGAGGAGCAGCGAAAUGGGUGGAACAAAAUACUCACAGAGAUAAAAGAGGAGCAUAAAAACACCAAAGGCAUUUUCUCCCUCUGGCUUGAAUACUCAAAUCUAUCUGAGCGCUUUUCUCUUCGUUUGCAACACCUGAGGAAUGAGUGGGAGGAGUUAUCAGGUUCCUCACCUGGACAUGAUGCAGAAACCACAGUUUGCUCCUUCAAGAGGCUGCAGGAUGCUGCUGAUGAGCUGCAAAGUGAUGCAGGAGAUGUGCUGGCAGCAUCCAAAGCUCUUCUUAGGCGACUCGAACCUUUACCUGCAAAUUUAAUCAAAUCAGAAGCCAGGUUGUUGAGUCGCGAUGUCCUGCUGCUGAACCAAGAAAUAUCAGAAAAAAGGAGAAAUCUGGAGGAGGAUUUGGAGCGAGAGAGACGAUUUAAAGCUCAGCUGGAAGCACUUGAGGAACAGAUGCAGAACUCGCUUUUUAAACUGCGUGGGGGCGCAUGUGAUGCAGACAGUCUGGAGGUUCUUCUGGAUCUCAGUGACAUGACUCCAUCACUAGUGGACGUUAAAGAGAUGAGUGGCGACAUAACCCUCAACAACGAGGAGAUGGAGAGAGUUCAGUCCCUCAGCAGGCUGUGGGCAGAAACCGUUACCAAGGCAACAGACGAAAACAUGCGAGACAGUUUGAUCUACAACAUAGUUUUGCAAGAUGAGCUUCAGAGCGGCUAUGAUUUUGAAGAAAAAUGUGAAAAAGUGAAAAUGAUCCAGGAACACCUGCAGCGAGAAUCACUUUGCAGAAAAGAUCUGAGUCACUCAAACCUUAAAGAGAUGCUGGCUGUCCAUCAGAAAGUUCAGGUUGAGGUCAUGAAGGGGCAUCAGCUCCUCCAGAACCUCGUCUGUGAUGCCCUCAACCUUAUGGAAAAACAAACUGAGGACAAAAGAUCUGAGCUCACGGUUCAAGUGGCGCGUCUCAAGCGGAGCUGGACCGAUUCUGUGGCUCUCGCUGCACACAACUGGACCUCAACAAAGGAGCAUCUGCAGCAGUGGAGAAUUUACCAACGCGGUUUGAAAUCUCUGAAGAAGCUGUUUAGAGAGGUGGACUCUCUCCUGCCCCCUAGUGGACCGGAUCUUUACACGGUGCAGCAGCUGCAGAACUUAAACGUUUAUGAGCUUAUUGAAGAAUCUGUAGGUCUGCACUCCUCUGUCUUCGCCCGGACUGUUGAAGCUGGGAAACAUUUGUGUGAAAUCGUUACAGAGUCAGAGAGUCGGACCCAACUGCAGUCAGAGCUUCAGGAUUUACAGAAAGUCUGGGAGCGAACCACCUUACUGCAAAGAAAAAAUAAAGAUCUGCUCAAUAUCACUGUCCAGACGUGGUCUGAGAGUCAGGAAGCAACAAGCAGCAUCUCCUCUGGACUGGAGGAAGUUGACAAUCUGCUUGCAGAACGACCGGCGGGCUCAGAGGAGGAGGCGCACAUCCAGGAGGCUGAGGUCUCUCUGCAGCGUUUGGCCGGCGGACUGAGGGAACUGGCCACCAUGAAGACAGACCUGUCCCAGUACGUGGUGGCCAGUGACUCGGCGCUGCUGGAGCAGCAGCUGGAAAUGCUCCACGCUCAAUGGGAAGAGCUGUGCACCAAGGUGUCGUUACGCAGACAGGAAAUAGCCGACCGCCUGAAUGCCUGGACCAUUUUCAAUGAUAAAAACAAGGAGUUCUGUGAUUGGCUGACUCAGAUGGAGAACAAGGUGUGUCACAGCGCAGAUCUGAGCAUCGAGGAAAUGGUGGAGAAACUAAAAAAGGACUGCAUGGAGGAAAUCAACCUGUUCAGUGAGAACAAGAGCCACCUGAAGCAGCUGGGAGAGCAGUUGCUGUUCGCCAGCGACCAGGCCAAGCAGACCCAGGUGCGCGGCUCGCUACAGGAAGUCAAUCAGCGAUGGAACAACCUCUUUCAGCACAUCGAAGCCAGGGUGAGGAAGCUGAAGGAGACUCUGGUGACGGUGCAGCAGCUGGAUAAGAACAUGAGCAACCUUCGCUCCUGGCUUUCUCGCAUCGAGGCCGAACUUUCCCGGCCGAUCACCUUCAGCGUCUGUCAUGAGAGUGAGAUCCAGAAGAGGCUCGCUGAGCACCAGGACCUGCAGAGGGACAUGGAGCAGCACACUGAAGGCGUAGCGUCCGUCCUCAGCCUGUGCGACGUUCUGCUGCAGGAUCAGGACGCAGCAGGCGGUUCCGAGGCGGAGAGCGACUCCCUGCAGGAAACCAGCCGCAGCCUGGACCAACGCUGGAGAACCAUCUGUGCUCUGGCUCUGGAUAGAAGACUCAGAAUCGAGGAAACUUGGACUCUGUGGUGCAAGUUCCUCAACGACUUUUCCCGCUUCGAUGAUUGGCUCAAGAUGGCGGAGCGAACUGCUGCCAACCCAAACUCUGCAGACGUCCUCUACUCUGCAGCCAAGGAGGAGCUGAAGAAGUUUGAGGGUUUCCAAAGGCAGGUUCAUGAGCGCCUGACUCAGCUGGAGUUCAUCAACAACCAGUACCGCCGCCUGGCCCGGGAGAACCGCACCGACCGGGCCAGCCAGCUGAAAGCCAUGGUCAGAGAGGGAAACCAGCGCUGGGACGGCCUGCACCGCCGAGUGGCCGCCAUCUUACGCCGGCUGAAGUAUUUCACCAGCCAGCGGGAGGACUUCGAAGGCACCAGGGAGAGCAUGCUUGUUUGGCUGACGGAGUUGGACCUGCAACUCACCAACGUGGAGCAUUUCUCCGAGAGCGACGUCCAUCAGAAGAUCCAACAGCUCAAUAGCUUCCAACGGGAGAUCAGCCUGAACUCUGAGCGCAUUGACGGGUUGAUAGUGUUUGGUGAGGCUCUGAUCCAGAAAAGUUCAGCUCAGGAUGCGGCUCUGAUAGAGGAUGAGCUGGAGGAGCUUCACUCCUACUGCCAGGAGGUUUUCAGCAGGCUGGUCCGCUUCCACCAGCGCCUCAGCCAACCUCCGAUGAUCAAAGAGGAGCCGGACCUCUCUGACCGCUCUGACCGCUCUGACCGCUCUGACCUCACCGUUUCCCUGGAGUCGAGCUUGGAGCUGAUUGGUCGGCCUUGGCUGGGGCGGAGCCAGGCCAGUCUCCCGGCCACGCCCACUCACCUGCUCAGCUCUCCUUUGGAUCGCUCAGGGCGGGAGACGCCGGUGAGCGUCGACUCCCUCCCUCUGGAGUGGGACCACACCGGAGACGUGGGAGGGUCAUCGUCGCACGAGGAAGAGGAGGAAGAGGAGGAACAGGAAGAUGAAGGGGCUUACUUCAGCGCUCUCUCAGUUUCCAGCCUGUCUCUGGCUGUUCGCGAUUGUUCAUGGAGAACACCAGAAGCCACAGAAACUGAGCCGGAUCCAGAAGGACACGCCGGGCCGACACCCGCUCUGACCAGCACGCCUCUGAAGCAGCAGGGUUAUCUGCGGCUCAUGUCCCAGUGCAGCGGGAGCAUCGAGAACAUAAAGAGAGUCUCUCUGAUCCUCGACGACGAGGAGCAGCCAGAGGAGUUCGGCUUGACGGGCCUGAAUGCCUCAGACAAACAGUCAGGUGUGAUUGAACGCUGGGAGCUGCUCCGGGCUCAGUCCAGGUGCAGCCAGCAGUCUGGCUCUCUGGACCCUCAGCAGAUUACCUUUGACCUGGACGACAUCACUUCCUGGCUAGAAACCGUGAUCCCUGAGUUGGAGCGCCUCUCGCAGUCUGAACCUGCAGGCAGCAUAGAGGACAUGGAGGCCAGAGCCAAAGAGCUGAAGGAAAUGGAGAAAGUGUUUUGCCACUACAAGGCCAUCAUGCUGUCUGUGAACCUGCAGGCGAAGGAGGAUCCAGAAAGGCAGGAGAAAGUGGCGAGAGCGAACCGAGACUGGAGCAGAGCGUGUACUGGUCUGCAGCACUGGGACCACAGCCUGAGGAGGAAGCUGCUGCGCUGCCAGGAGUUUCACGAAACUCUUCACUCGCUGCUGCUGUGGCUCGCUCAGGCAGAGAGCAGAUGCUGCAGCGUAGAUAUAAAGCAUCCAGAGACGAGCGCAAGAGCCCUGAAACAGCAGGAAGACGCGCUGACGGAGCUGCAGGCGGAUCUGCGCAGCCGCCAGGCUCACCAGGCGUCUCUGCAGGCCCUCUGGUCUCAGCUGCAGCCUGAAGAUGCAGCGGAGGACUGCGACGAGGCGCAGGAGAAGCUGCAUGUGACGGGCACCAAGCUGAAGCAGCUCAGGAGGAAGGUGGAGGACGACCUCCGCGUCCUGCAGCAGCGCCUGCUGGUCCAGGAUCCCGGCUGUGCAGAAGCAAACACAAAACCAGCCUCCUCCACCCAGAGAAGGGAGUCGUCCCCACCUCGAUCCUUCUUCUCCCGCCUCCUUAGAGCCGCCUUCCCCCUGCAGCUGCUGCUGCUGCUCCUCCUGCUGCUGCCCUGCCUGAUUCCUCUGUCGGACAGCGAGCCGGGCUGCACCCUGACCAACAACUUCGCCUGGUCCUUCUACCCCAUGCUGCACUACACCAACGGCCCGCCGCCCACCUGACGGCAGCUUGUGUCCAACGAAAGACAUUUCCCGACAAAACAUGGGUGACUUUUCCGGAAAAUGUUUUAAAGACGACCUCUUGUUCUUCCUUGAACAGAUUAGGACAAACAAAACAUGAUCACUGUCACCAGCAGAGAUUCCAGUUCUGCCUGUUUUCAGCUUCUUCCAGAAUGUUUUAGAGUCUCUGUCACUUUAAAU